AUGAGCAAUUCCCGAAAGAGAUUAAUUCGUAAUUCUCCUGAUAGUAAAUCAAAUCAUACAGAAGUUUUAUCAGAUAUUGAAGAAGAGUAUAAUCUUAACAAUUAUAAGUAUGAUGCAAAAAGCAAAAAUGGUUAACUUAAAUAAAAGGAAUAAUAAUAAUAAGUUUAAAAAUAAUCAUAAUAAUCUAUAAACGAGAAAUAAACACCAUAGAUUUCUGAUGUGUUUCCUAAUUAAAAUUAAUCCCAAUCUAUUUAACCCUCAAAUUUAUCAUAAUCAUAAAAAAAACCAUCCGCUCAAAGAUAACCUAAUUAAACUAAUUAACCAAAUCUAUUUUAAUUUUUUGGAAAAAGCGUAGCUCUUAAUCCCUAAUAAGGUUCUUAAGGAAAAUAAAAAGAAUCUAUAAUCAAAAGAUCUAAUGAUAUUAAUUUUGAUGACAUUAAUAUUCAAGAAUAAUUUGAAAUAGAGAGAAAAAUAUUAGAAUAGAAUAAGAAUAAAUAAGCAUCAUAAAAGCCAAUUUAACCAUAAUCAUAAUAGGAAUAAACCAAUAGAUAAAAAUAAGAUACAUAUUUAGAUAGUGGAAAUGAAAUAAUUGAAAAAUUAAAAAAAAUAAAUUUAGAGAAAAAUAAUAAAAAUAUAUCUCCUAGACAUUUAGGACCUGAUAUUAAAUAAAAUUUUAAUAUUCAAAUUGAAUAAUAGCCAUAAAAUAAAAAAAAGAAAGGAGCUGUCAAUAUAACAUGGGAAAAAUAAAACUCAAAAGUUUUAAAGCAAGAAAAUAAAUAAUAAAUAGAAUAAGAAAAAUAACAAGAAUUUAAGAAUGAUCCAGAUUUACUUAAGGGAUUAAUAAUAGUUUUGAGUGGUGUAUUAAAUGUUUGUAGUAGAGAUAAAUUUGAAUAGUUUUUAAAGAAUAAUGGAGCUAAAGUCACUGGUAGUAUUUCUGGAAAAACUAAUUAUUUAAUUGUGGCAGAUAAAUUAGAAGAUGGAAGAAAAGGAGAUGAAGGCAAUAAAUUUAAAGAAGCUACAAAAAAGGGAACAAAAAUUAUAAGAGAAAGUGAACUUAAUGAUUGGCUUAUUGAUAAAAUAGGUGUUGGAAUAGAAGAGAUAUUCCCAGACUCAAACUUAUCUAAAUUAUACAAAAAAUCAGGUUCAAAGAAAUUGGAUUAAUAGGAGAAUGUAAAUUUAGAUCAUGAUAAGAAUCUUAGUUUAGCAGAUAAAUAUAAACCAUAAUAAUUAUCUGAUUUAGUUGAUAAUAAAUCAAGUAUAACACAAUUAAAUGAUUGGAUAUACAAAUUCUAACAUCCAAAUUCUGUAGAAGAAUAAAAUUAGAAAUAGAAAAAAAGAUUUAUUCCAUUAAAAAUGGGAAGAUUUUAACCUGUUGGAAAUAUUACGUAUUUAUUUUAAUUAUAAAUUAAGAUCUAAAGCUUGUAUAAUAAGUGGUCCUCCAGGAAUAGGAAAGACUUCAAUGGUAAGAUUAGUAGCUGAAGCUUUAGGAUUGAAAUUAAUAGUAAAUAAUGCAUCAGAUAAGAGAAAUAAAACAAGUUUAAGGUCUGUAUUAAAUGAUUUAGUUGACAACAGUGUGCUUAUGAAUUUAUUUAAACCAAAUAAAAACUUUUUAAUUGUAAUGGAUGAAGUAGAUGGAAUGACUGGAUCAGAUAGAGGAGGUAUAUCUGCUUUAAUAGAAUGUAUAAAAUCUACUAGAGUUCCUAUUAUUUGUAUUUGUAAUGAUAUUGAUAAUUAAAAAUUGAAAUCAUUAUUAACUCAUUGUUAUAGCAUUAAAUUUUAGAAACCAGAUGCAAAAUAAAUUGCAAAAAGAUUAAAAUAUAUUUGUGAAUAAGAAAAUAUUAAUAUGAAUAUUGAAGAUCUUGAGAAGUUGGCUAUAUGUUUUGAUUGUGAUAUAAGAUAAAGUAUUAAUAUGUUGGAAUUGUAAAAAUUAUAAUCAAAAGCUAAAUUACUAUAACCUAAUACAUUUAAAAAAGAUAAAGUUUGUGUUUUUAAUACAUUUAAUGCUGCUAUAAGUUUACUUAAUAGAAAUUAAAGAAAAUAAAUGUCACUCAGAGAUAUGUUAGAUAUGUUUUUCUUAGAUUAUGAUUUAAUACCUCUUAUUAUUUAGGAUAGUUACAUUUUAUCAAAUCAUUCAGAUAUUAAUAAUAUUGCAAAAGCAGCUGAAUUAAUAGCUGAAGGAGAUAUAAUAUCUAAGAAAAUCAGAAGAGAUUAAUAAUGGUCUUUAAUGCCAUCUUUUGGAUUCUUAUCAAGUGUUUAUCCUUCAACUAUUGUUGGAGAAUAGAUGGACUUUCCAAAAUUUCCAUAAUGGUUAGGUAAGAAUUCAACUGCAAGUAAAAUUAAAAGAGAAAGUCAUUAAAUUAAAAGUAGAAUAGCUCCAAUUACUUAUUUAACAUCAGAUAUAAGAUUAUAUUCUAAAUAUUUAUUUUAAUUAAUUAAAUAAUUUUUAGAAUUAAAAAUAGUUAAAAAUGAUAAAGAUGCAGUUUGGAAUGUAGUUUAAAUAAUGGAAGAAUAUCGUAUUACUCCAGAUUAAUUGAAAGAAGAUCUUCAUGAUUAAGUAUUUAAUCCAUUAAAAGAUAAUUUAUUAAGUACUGUUAAUGCUUAAAUUAAAACAUAUUUAACUAAAAUGUAUAAUAAAAGACAUUUAAUUUUAAAGGAAAAAGCAUCAAAAAGAUAAGUCAAUACUGAAAGAUAUUUAGUAUAUAUAUUAAAAUAUAUUUUAGAGUGAAAAUUAUAAUCCUUUAAUUGGAGAAGAGGCCCCAUUAAUUGAAUAAUCAUAAAAAGAAAUUGAAGAUGAGAAUGAAAAAAAUGAAGAAGAAAAUAUAAUAGGUUCCAAAAUUAAGAAAUCAAAAAAAUAAACUAAGAAAUAAACUAAAAAAGGGACAAAAAAAUUAAUAUAAGAUGAAGAAAAGUCUAUUGAUGAAGAUUCUCUAGGAUCCAUGAAUAAUUUUAUUGUUGAUGAUGAAGAUGGAGAAUGAU